AUGCCUGAGCAAAACGAGAAGUCAUCUGGCAAUGCGCUGGUCAACGAGCACAUAGGGCCCGAUAAAGUCCCCGAAGUGUCCAUGACAUCACCGGACGAUGUUACUCCAGUCAAACCUCCGCCAUCCUUCUCUCCUGGAGCUGCACUCAACGUGUCUAAAGCUAGAUAUCCAGAGAAGAUUAAGACCACCCAGCCGGUGAUCUCUUCGCUAUCUGAGUCGGCCCUGGCCGAUUCUCUGGAACGGCGCUCGUCCCAUUCCUCCGGACGAUCAUCCAGAACCGCAUCUCCCAAUGGGAGGCUACCGCACUCCGCCUCGCAUCUAUCCCGCUCAAACGCUCUUUCGCCUCUGGGGUUCCAAAUCGAUACUACAGAUGACAUUCGUUCGCUGAUAAUCCGAGCGUUCUCUCCCGUAGUAGGCGUAUAUGCCUCACCAGACACGGAUGCUCUCGUUCAACGAAAGGGUUUCAAAAAUGGAUUCCACGAACUAAUACGACCAUUUGGAGAAACAGUUGCAGGAAAGAUAGUUAUACGUGAUAGCGGCGGCUCCAGCCGUUCUUGGGAGGAUUUCGGGGUUCGUUUUGUCGAUUUGGAUGCGAGAAAAAAGACAGCAGAGACCAGCCACACGGAGGCUGUUCCGUCGCUCGUCCAGAUAGAACAAGUGCUUGACAGGCAUGUUCAUUCAAUUGACGACCCAUUAGCGAGUUGGGCUCGGAGUAGCGACAGUGGACAUGGCCGUUUACCCCUAGCUUCUCCAAUCUAUAAACUAUUCCUUAGACGCCUUCUCUCCCCGACGUACACCUCGCCUCACGAAACGUUUAUGCAUCCCGUUGCUUGUGUUAUUGCCAUAAGUUCGCAUACCCCUACGCCUCUUGAAUCGCUACGUCAACUAUAUGCACAUACGAGCCAGGGCGAUAAGCGGCCACCCCAGUGGGUAUAUCCCGAAUAUCUGAGGUACUACGUCCUCGUCCAUGACGAAGACAAGGACGACAUCACACAAUCAACAGCUUUGUUUGAUCAAAUGAAAAGGCAUUUUGGCCUUCACUGCCAUCUUCUACGGCUGCGUAGCAACCAAUGUGUCAUAACAGAUGAUGAUAGCACACAAAUUCCCUCCUGUGAAUGGCUUACUCCUUCGGAGGACAUUUCCGAGCUGGGUGAGCAAGAAUCUCUGAUUGAUCUUGAAACCGAAGGAGGCACAUAUCUUUUUGAAUCAGACGUCACCGCUAUCAAAGCAUUCAUUCGAGAAAUGGUUGCUCAAUCGGUGAUCCCUCAUAUGGAAAAUCGAGUAGCUCUCUGGAACGAACAAGUGGCCUCCCGAAGGCGAGGCUUGAGUGGUCGAUUUAUGUCCAUGUCAAGGCGUUGGGCCGGUUUCGGAGCAAACACAAGAUCGUCAGGUGGUUCUUAUGGUUCGGGAUCAGGUUCUAAUUACGAUUCCCUUCAAGGGUUCUACAAACCAGAUACGCCUGAAGCAAUAUUACGGAAGUUGGGAGACUUUGCAUUCAUGCUCCGUGACUGGAAACUUGCAUCAUCAACCUAUGAUCUUGUGAAAGGAGACUAUGGACAUGAUAAAGCAUGGAGAUACCAGGCGGGAGCGCAUGAAAUGUGCGCUGUGAGCACACUGCUAAAUCCUAUGGCAUCAACUGCUAAAACAAAACUGGAAGCUAUCGACCAGCUUUUGGAUACUGCUAGCUACUCGUAUCUUACAAGGUGCUCCGACGCACAAAAUGCUUUGCGUACCCUCGUCCUAGGCGUGGAGCUCUUGAAAUCUCGUGGAGGAUCUGCCUCUGAUGCUGCCGCAAAAUGGGCUAUACGGAUCCUAGAUAUGGGUCUUGUGGGUGACACCGGUCGAAUUCUUGUCUCCGAGAGAGUGUCUGCAUGCUAUGCGUCUAAAACUGGAUCUGGUGCCGCAAAAUGGGGAAUACGCCGAAGGAAAGCCGCAAUGUGGGCCGUUCUUGCUACCGAGUCAUGGCUGAAGCAAGGAAAACCAAACCUCGCAUGUAUUUGCCUCGAAGAAUCCGACCGUCUGUACAGCGACGUAUUGGAUGAAGGAAAGGCGCUUCUACCAGAAAUGCAACAAUUUAUUGACAAUCUACGGAAUACCGUGCAGAUCGAAUAUCUUGGAUCGCAAGGGAUUGGCAGCGAAAGCAAGAUAUCGAGCGCGAUAGAAUUUGUCACGGAGGAGACGAGUGAGAAGCUCGAUAAUCACAUCCGCCGGAAAUCGUUGAUGGGAGGUGUAAAUCCGCUGGAGGCUACGCCUGUUACCGUUACCCGGUUAAAAUCAGACGACAAACGUCAUUCAAUUGAUGAUUUCGAAUGA